UUAGCAGACAAUCACUUCAGAUGUUUUUCUUUUCUGUACUGGAGAGUUCUGUUUUUCAACAAACGGGAAGUGAGUUUUGCUGAGGCAAACUGCUUUUCUAAUUCAGUGUUUAGAUGUAUAGCAGACUCGAGUGGACAGAGAGGGAAUCAUGAACGCUACAGCUUAUUUUCAGGCAGAUGAGGAGACCGAGCUGGGCUUGGUGGGGGCCGCUGUGAUCCUGGGGGUGUGUUUCCUGGUGGGAACACCUGGGAACCUGCUGGUGGUGUGGACCAUCGUGAAGCACGUGAAACAGCGUUCACAUACAGUGCUUCUCAUCCUCCACCUGGCAGUCGCAGAUCUUCUGGUGCUGAUCACUCUGCCACUGUGGAUCUACUCGCUGGUCUGUUCCUGGGUGUUUGGAGAGGCUGCCUGCAAAGCCAUGGUGUACAUCAUCAACGUCUGCAUGUACAGCAGCGUCUUCAUCAUCACCACCAUGAGUGUGGAGCGCUUCCUGGCUGUCAGAUACCCCUUCGCCUCAGUCGUCUGGAGAAGGAGACAAGCACUGAACAAGGUACUUCUAAUGAUAUGGAUGGCUUCAUUUCUCCUCAGUAUUCCCGUCAUUGUAACUCACACUUUGGGAGAAGAUUAUGGAGAAAAUCAAUGUCUGUUCAGGGAGUAUGAGACUGCAGCCCAGGAGGCUGUGUUGCUGAUUUUAGAAUCUCUUGUAGGCUUUGUCAUCCCUUUUUUCACUCUGUUGGUCUGCUACGGCUGCCUCUUCAGUCGCAUAGCGCAGAUGAACUUCAAGUCCAAACGUAAGUCGACGUUUCUCAUCUGCAGUGUGGUGGUGAUGUUCGCUCUCUGCUGGAUUCCUCAUCAUGUGGGGAACCUGCUUUCCCUCAUCUCGCUCGCUCUCAAGCAUUCAGACCCCAGCAUGGCGAAUAGUUUGGAGGACGCCUGCACCACAAUGACCUUUAUAGCAGGAGCCCUGACAUUCAUCAGUAGCUCAGUCAAUCCAGUGCUUUAUGUGUUUGCGGCACGUACCUUCCGCAGCUCGCUUCGGGAAACUGGAAUACAGAAGCUCUUCCAGCAUUUGUCCAGUGCAGCAUCAGGUGAAGGGAAUAAAGAGUUAUCAUUUGUGUCCAAAAGACAGAGUUCACACAACACCAACUCACAGUGUCUCACAGACUCAAAAGUGCCUGAAGAUGUGGCUAUGGAAUCAUGCAUCAAUACUUCAGACUGACUCUGUAAGAAGCUUUAAAACCAUUCGAACUGUUAUUUCUCAAAAAACGAGUGCUUGAAGUUUUUAAUGUAAUUUUGUAUUUCAGAAUUGCAUUUUACAUUUACAUUUAAUCAUUUAACAGAUGCUUUUAUCCAAAGUGACUUACAAAUAAGGAAAAUAGAAGCAAUCAA